GAAAUGUGAGUUGGUUCCUGAGCAGUGCCAGAGUCGUGAGAGCUCUGAUCUGAUCUGCGUUUGUUGCCAGACUUCCCCUCCAUUGACGAGACCUGCUUUGCAAUAAAAGCAAAGGCCCGACCUUUUUCUCCUCGUCGUCCUCCUUUCGUCUACUUCUUCUUCGCGAAAAGCAACCGCUUGGCCUUUGCUUUAACGCCCGCAAAGACUGAAUCUUCCAACUGCCGAAUCGAUCGCUUUUCGCAGUCCCUUCUGGUCGUCGACCCUCCUGCAAGCUCUGUCCUUUCUUUCUGGGUCAUCUCCCUCUGUGUUCCUCUGCGAAAGGGGAGCUUGACGGGCGGCUCUUGCCCCGCGUUUCUUGGAUUUCUCGGAUUCUCAGAGUAGAUUGGCGUCGUCGGCGUUGUGUUUUCGUCUUCAUUCCUUUGAAAGGAGGCGGAAGUUCGCGCGGACAUCGGUGCUGGGAGGAGGGAGUUUCUCUGUUCGACGACGGCCAGCUGUUUUUCGUCUGCGAGAAGGAGACGGUCUGAACAUUUCGGGUUCCGUUCGUCUGUAGCUCUGCAUGGAGAGACGUAGAUAAAAUCUUUUCGCAGGCUCAGGAUUGGUCACUGAGCUCGUGACGCUGGGUUCUUGUUGAUUCGAGGAAGAAAAUCUCGUCUUUUUUGUCCAAUUCAGAGGCGGAUUGGCUCGAUUCCAGGCUGAAUCGCAUUGAACAUGGCUGAGAUUGGCGUUUGUUUGGGGAUGCCCGAAAUGGAUGGUUCUGCUCUCAAAGAAGCACUCUUUUCUCAGCAGCAACUCCUGCAGAAACUCUACAAUGAAUUGGACGAAGAGAGGGAAGCGUCCGCUACUGCGGCUAGUGAAGCCUUGUCGAUGAUACUGCGCUUGCAGGGCGAAAAGGCGGCCGUCAAGAUGGAGGCCGAUCAGUUCAAGAGAAUGGCUGAGGAGAAGAUGUGUCAUGCGGACCUCUCCCUGGAAGUGUUUGAGGAUGUUAUUUACCAGAAAGAGAUGGAGAUCGCGUCGCUCGAGUUCCAAGUCCAAGCUUAUCGGUAUAAGCUUUUGAGCAUGGGUUACGCUGAUUUCGGACCCAGUGAAAGUAGACUUCUGGAUAAUCUGUUUUUGCAAAGAGGAGAUGUCUCCAAUGGUGGGAAGGGGUCGAAUGGCGGUGUGAGGAGACUGAACUCUGUGCCUCCAAUUUGCUUGAAGGAUCAUACUCCAAAGAAAGGCGUCAUCAAAAGACAAAAAUCUGUUUUCCCUAAUCCAGAUGUGGAUUCGAGAAUAGUUGAAGAUAACCCAGAUCUUGAAGGUGCGGGCGAGAGCUUGAAUUUCGAGAAAACGUCGGAGAAUUCGUUGAAUGAGGAUUUCAGUCCAGUUUGGGAGCAGAUCAGAAGAUUAGGGGAUCAUGUGAAUGACAUAUCGGAAUGUAAGGACACUAGUCAAGCUAAUAAUGACUACUCUAUCGGCGUGUCUAGGUCCUGUGCUAUUGCUUCUUCUGUGAGUGCACCGCCUUGUUAUACUACAAGUGAAUGUGUCGAUGAAAAGUCUGUUCAGAUGAACUAUCGUGAAAAUCUCUACACCGCAGAAGCAGUUGAGAACUCAGCUUGUUCAACAAGUAUUCAAGAUAUUUUUGAAGUACCACAGAGUGAUGAGAGCUGUAAAAACCUUGAAGUUCAGGUAAAAGAAUGGCGUAAGCAGGAACCUGAAGGUGAAAAUAGGCUCGGGAAGCCAGAUUUGGUCACUGACCAAACUGACUGGAUAAAGAAAAUGCUGCUUUCGUUGAACCAUGACAAGAUGCCGUCUAGUCCUAGACUGAGAGGGAAGAUGAGUGCUGACUGUGAUGGGUUUCCAGGAGCCAACAAACCCAGGGUACUAAUACAUCGGUCUGAGUUUCAACAGCUGAGUGAAAGAAUCGAACGGCUUGAGACAGAGGGGAAUGCUAGAAGCCGAGAAAUCGUCCAUGAAAAUGAAGAGGAAAUGAACUUACUGAAGGAGAUACAAGAGCAACUGAAUUCAAUACAGCGUGAGAUGAGGCGCGAGAACAAAAGGAAAGAUGCUCAACUUUACGACUUGCCCCUGCUCACCCUAACCGAAGCUAUGUUGCACUUCUGGCUCUGAUCAAGCAAGAAACUAUGGCAAUUGCUCCUCAAAUUAUCUCAAUAUGUUCCCUGCAUGAUCUUGGCUUUGGAAUGCGCUUUUGACAGACUUUGCACAAAAUCGUCGUGCCUCUUCUUGUGUCGGUAUGAGUGAAAAGAUUGGUCUCUUUGAUUUUUCAUCCUGGUUGAUUAUGUACAGAACCGAGAUUUUCAGUUUGAAAUCUGUAAAUUGAUACAUGUGAGACAGGUGAUUUACUUUUGGGGGGGAUGAUACUUUUCAUGCUCCUGUUUUGUACAUUUUGAAUGACAGAAAAUGCUGUGUCUUCAUAAUCGAGAUGAGACUGUAUAUUGGUUUUCAUGGUUGAGCUCGAAA